ACACACACACACACACACACACAGACACACACAUCAUAAACCUGCUGCGGUACACAAAAUACUCGCUUUCAGUUUUAAACAACUCUGCUGUACACAGACACCAGCAAAGAUGGAGUUUGCCUGCAGCCAUGUUGUGUGUAACUGGAGGCCUGAUGGAGCAGGUUCAGCUCCUCCUCCGCUGCCUCCUCGUCGCUUCAGAAAACCUCGGCCCACUUCUCUUCCUCUCCCUCCUCUUCGUCCUCCCUCCCACCCUCCACCUGCUCCCCCCUCCCAGCCUCCCAAUCAUCCUCCCUCCUUCCCUCCUCCUGUCCCACCCAGAGCUGACAAGUUGGAAGGAGAGAGUCGGCUGGAAUCCAACGUCAACGUCGUCUUACUCAGUAUCGGGAAACUCGUCGACAUCAGCCAAGCCUCAGGCCUGGAGACUUUCCAGAGCCCAGUGAUUUGUGGGAAAUGUAGUGCAGCCUUGUCGUGUCUGAGUUCUUUGCAGCAGAAUAUGUGGCUGUGUGAGUUCUGUGGAUGUGAGAACAGUGUGAACGACGGCGUGCAGAGAGUGUGUGUUGGGCAGCGUGCAGGCGUGCACACCGACGACCUUUACCUGCCCAGUCAGAGCGACGACGACUACCAGAACCUGGAGGACACGCUGGUCGUGUUCUGUGUGGACAUUUCUGGCAGCAUGAGUGUCACCACAGAGGUCGCAUCAAGCAGUGGAUCUAAGAAGUACAUAUCCAGACUGGAGGGGAUGCAGGACGCCCUCCAGAGGGCGCUGUCAACCCUCCUGCAGCAGUCCCCCCACAGGAGAGUGGCACUGGUCACGUUCAACAAUGAGGUUGUGAUAUAUGGUGACGGCACCAGUACGCCUCUCACUCUCAGGGACUGGGGGCUGGUCGACUAUGACCAUAUAUGGGAGCAGGGCGUGGCUUACAGCAUCCCACACUGCAUCGCCGAGACCCACCAACAACUCGUACACAGGAUCAAAGAACUCAAGGAGCACGGGGCCACCAGUCUCGGUCCUGCAGCAUUAGCCUCAGUGGCGAUGGCGUCAAGGUACCCCGGGUCAAAGGUGAUUUUGUGCACUGACGGUAAAGCCAACAUCGGACUGGGUACAAUGGAGGAAACUUCAUCUCUGUCAUCUUCUCUGACUCCUUAUUUCUACCAAAAACUGGCUCAGCAGGCCGUGGGGAGUGGAGUCAUAAUAUCAGUCAUGACUUUUGAGGGGACAGAUUGUUCCUUGGCUGAUGUUGGAAGGCUUGCAGACACUACUGGAGGAAGGGUGAACAUGGUUAGCAUCGGUACCGUAGCGACAGAGAUCCAGUUAGCUUCCAUCGACAACGUGCUUGCUACGGGAGUCACGGCAACGCUGCUCGCUCCUGAUGGAGUGUAUUUUCCUUAUGAGGAUGAAAAUAAUCACAAACUGGUGAGAACGAUAGGGAACGUGACCAAAGGGUUGGAGCUCACCAUUCAGUUUGCUGUAAAACCAGAGUUCAUGGGUGUUUUUCUCAAGAGGGAAACACUUCCAUUCCAACUUCAGCUGAGCUUCAAGACUAGAGACCUACAGAAAGUUACUCGCAUCAUCACUGAACAGCGGCCAGUUGCUAUCAAGAGUCAAAUUUCAACUGAAAGCCUCAACAUGGCGGUCCUCGGUGUUCACUGCGCACAACUCUGUGCCAGUUUAACCAUGGAGGGUCGAGUUCAGGAGGCACAGAGGCAACUUAAAGCCCAGCAAGACCUGGUGGACCAAAUCAGUAAGCACAGGCCAAUCCAACAGGAGGAGAGUAUCUACGGCAACUGGGUGAACGCCAUGACAACAAUCUGUGAUGACAUCACCACAGAAUCCCAGACUCUCUCCGAUGAAGCAGCUAAGGUGAUGUACCAGAUGAAGAGAGCCAGCAGCGUCGACUGCACCUACAGCAACACAGCUGAGGUCCAGAGGAAGCCUCUGUGGAAGAAAAAGAAAGCCCUCGUGGAGGGAACAUAGAACAUUAAGUCAUCAGCAAAUGUGGAGACUUGAUUUCAUAUUUAGCCAUAUUGGCUCCCAACUUGUUCUAGCCAGGAUGUUUGCUGCACCGCUGACAGUGAGGGAAUAAUACUGAAAUUGAAUGACUGCACUCAAACCAGAAACUCAAGACUCUGAACGGGGAUAUGUCUUUUGACAAUGAACAUGGGACUGUAAACCUUGUGGGUUUGAAAAAGAAAAGAUGCUUUGAUGGCUUUUUUAGUGUUUUAUCUGCCAUUUCCACAACAAUUUUGGAACACAAUGUGUUAAUUUGCUCAAAUUACAUAAAAAAAAAAAAAAUCGUUGAAAAACGCUCAGUUUUGAAUCAACAUAUCGUUUAGUGAUCAUACUUAAUCCAUCAUACUUACCAGCCCAGGUUCUUGGUAGAAGCUCCUCAACUUUAUGUGUCACUCAUCUGAAAUUUAGCCAAAUGAAUCUGCAUUGCUUUUAUUUUGAUUCCUGUUGUAUAGGAAAUUGUCUAAUGUGAAAUAAAAUAAUUGCCCUUUAAAAA